CCUUAACGCCUGGUGUCACAAAUAUGCAACAAACUGUUUUAGUCAGUCAACCAGCCGAGAUAGCAUCUGCAUUCCCCCAAUGCCGGUUGGUGCAUAUUCGCUACGGACCUAGGAACCUUCGACAAGCAGUUGUUUCCCGUGGGACCGCAAAGUGACGGACCUGUUAACUCUUUACGCACAAGGAUACAUCCGGCUAUGCUGCUCACGAUAGGAGUUGGGGAAGUUCAAUCCUGUGAUAAUUUUAAGAUGAGGGUGAGAGGAGCAACAGUGAGGAGGAGGAGGCUGAAGGAGACGCAGGCAGUGUGGGCAACGGCGGUGAAGGUGUUCCGGGGAAUGAAGAGAGCAGCAGUGACGAGGAAGUGGUUGCUACCAACAGUGGCCAAGCUGCAAGAAGGAAACAAAAUAGACGAAAAAGAAAAAGUGACAUGGAAAACAGUGAAACAGACUCAAAGUUCUAAAAAAAACGUGCCAGUGUGGCAAGGGUCCCUCCCCGACAGUGACUCAAUUAGACAGCCCAUUGAUUAUUUCAGAGACUUUUUUGACCUUGACCUUUUAGCGCUUAUUGUCAAUCAGAGCAAUCUGUACAGCACCCAAGAAAACCCCAAUCACGCCCUGAAAUUAGAUGUGAAGGAACUGGAACAGUUCAUUGGAACCGUUGCGUAUAUGAGUGUGAUCCGCUUACCACGCUCUAGGAUGUACUGGUCUAAUGCAUGUCGAGUAAACCAGGUCGCUGAUGUCAUGCCCCGUGACAGGUGGGAAGAAAUCAAACAUUACAUUCAUUUCAAUGACAACACGGCAACCAACAACAGUGACCGGCUGUUCAAAAUUAGGCCACUAAUUGAUUCACUGCUCCCCAAAUUCCAAGCUCUCCCUCAAGAUCAGAUGCUGUCAAUCGAUGAACAAAUGGUGCCAUUCAAAGGCAGAUCUGUUCUAAAGCAGUACAUCCCCAAAAAGCCCUACAAAUGGGGAUACAAAAUCUUUGUUUUGUGCGACACAAAAGGCCUGGUGCACUCUUUUGACAUUUAUGCAGGGACAUCUGAUCCUCCACCAGGUUCACCAGACAUCGGGGCAAGCGGGAACAUCGUGCUAAAACUUGCACAAGUUAUUGAAGGCUCAGUCAACCACCUGCUGUACUUUGAUAACUGGUUUUCCUCACUCGAUUUGUUUGUGGCUCUUGCUAACAGGGGGAUACCAGCCCUUGGCACUGUGCGGGAGAAUCGUCUGCGAGGCUGCAGUUUCAGCAAAGACAAAGAGCUCAAAAAGAAGGGAAGAGGGACAUUUGAGGAGCAACAGGCUGUUGUUGACCGUGUGGAAAUUAGGGCUGUCAAAUGGUUUGACAACAGAGGGGUGAACGUUGCCAGCACUUUUGCAAGUGCCCAGCCUGUUUCCCUCAUAGAGAGGUGGGACCGAAAGCAAAGGAGGAAAGUGUCUGUGGAAUGUCCAAGCAUCAUCACCCUUUAUAAUAAGUUCAUGGGUGGUGUUGAUGCACUUGAUGCCCUAAUCGCCUACUACCGCAUCCACAUCAGGUCUAAGAAGUUCUACCACCGAUUCUUCUUUCACUUCGUGGACAUGGUGGUUGUGAAUGGCUGGUUGCUCUAUCGGUGUGAUUGUGACAACUUGAAUGUUCCACGGAAGAAGCAGAAGGACUUGCUGGCUUUCAAGGCUUCCAUUGCACAGUCCCUCUGCAUGCAAGGCAAAGAUCUGUCGGCCAAAAAGAGGGGGCGACCUUCGUCUGACGUGGAGCGAGAGUUCCAGAAGAAGCAGCGCAGGGGACCAACUAAGGCUAUUCCCACAAAAGAUGUCCGUGCUGAUGCUGUGGGUCAUUGGCCUCAAAUCGACAGUGUGCGGCAACGCUGCAAGUUCCCAAAGUGCACAGGCCACACGAGCUUCAAAUGCGCAAAAUGUGACGUUCACCUGUGCCUCAAUAAGAACAAAAACUGCUUCUGUGCAUUCCACGAGUGUUAAAAAAGGGGGGAAAAAAACAUGUGCACGAACCACGUGUGUGUGUGUGAGGGGUGAGGUUAACCCUAAGGGCUACAUAGUUCCAGAAAAACACUGUUUUUUAAACCUUGUUACAUUGUUACGUGUGUGUGUGUGUGUGUGUGUGUGUGUGUGUUAGGAAGAAGGAUAUGCAUUGAAAAGGGGUGUGUGUGUGUGUGUGUAUGUGCAUUGGAAUAGAAAAUAAUUGCUUCAAAUGAAUGAAAUGCUGUACCUGCCGUUGCAGGUUUAUAUAAAUAAAGUAAAUAAAGGAUGAUAGGAUGAAAUAAAACAUUGAAACAUUGAAAAGGAUUAAAUAAAAUAUCGUUUUUUCACUGUU